AUGGCCAUCGACGAGGUGUUAGGUCCGCGAAAAACGAUGUUGGUUUUAGUGAUUGUUGUGGGAUGUUUCGCAGUGUUGUGGCCCAGGAUUCUGUCUCCUUUGAUCGUGGGUCACACACAGGAGCAACUAAAACCGAACAAAUUCGACCGGGAGGCAGGCUGCUGUGAAGUAAUUUUUCAAACUGAUGUUGCUGUACUAGAACUAGUAAAUGAAGUAUGUAAUUCAGCUCUUGGGGUUGAAAAAAUGUCACCACAAUCCGCAAUUGAAUGUAGAAAAGCAGUCAAUGAAAGCUGCGGUGUAGAUAUUGCCACAUUUCUCAAAAAGGGUGAAAAUGUUGGAAAAUCUACAAAAAUGCUGGUUCAAGCUAUGAAGAAUACAAACAGCUCAUGUUUGAGAGAGCAUUUUGGUGUGCCUAUCUACAGCUUAUCUCCACAUUCACCAGCCAACUCAUGGACUCUGCAAGAUUCAGUAAAACAAGAGCGGCCUGUACGCAGUGUGGGACCCCACCCAGCACUCCGAGAGCGAGGACGUGCCAUACCGCCGGGUGUGCCUCCACCCAGUCGACAGCAGAUGCCCCCACACGUCAGGGUACGGUCUCCUCUAUCUGUGUACUUCGAACUGGAGGUCAGUAGUGAUUGGUGCGUAAUCGCUUGGUGA